AUGGAUUCUGAAGAAUCUGAAGUGACAAAUUUAGAGUCUAACCCCAAAACUCCUACAAACUAUGUAGAUAAACGGUUUUCUAAACGUCGACCUCAGAGCUUAAGAAGUGAGACAAACUCUAAGCUAUUGCAGUUGGGGAAGACUCUUCUUUCAUACAACACUGAGGACACUAAUAAGUAUGCCAUUGAAAUCGCAACCAUAUUUCUGAGUUCUAUUCCUCCUGAAGCCCAUAUUCCAGAUGAUUUACUCAAUUACAUUAUAUCAAUAUUCCACAUAUAUUUUAAAAAUGAAUCUGUUGAUAAACUUUUCAAUAAAUUUUUAACGAUUUCUGCUACUUCAAGCCCGCAACUGAGGCCUUUGAUAUUGGAGCAUUUGGUACGUUUGUUAGCUCUAAAAAGGGACUAUUCCGGGAUAGUCAAUGAGGUCACUAGAAGGUGUAAUGAAUGGAAUUUGGAAAUUCAUGAAAUAGCAAAACACUAUAAAUGGGUUGUAAAACAUAUUGAUAUACUUACUAACUUUGAUCAAGAGGAUGCUCCUCCAGAUUUUAUAGUGGAGUUGGAGGAUGUACUAGUAACAUAUUUAGAAUAUGAGAGACUACCAAAUAAGAAUUUACUGAGUUUGUAUACUAGGAUUUGUGGUUCCAAAUCACUCGACCUAAUAAAUAGAUAUAUCACAGUGUUUCCAAGAAUUUACUUUUUACGGUUCUGCAGACUUAAACUUCUAUUGAAUGAUUCAAAUUCUGACAAAUUACUCAUCGAAGAAGAUUUGAUAAAUUUUGUUGAGCUUUCGGGCUAUUCUUCCCUUAGUGUGGAGUUUUUAAACAUUUACAACCGAUUUGUUUCUACCGACAAGUUGAUUCCUUUGUUAUUCAACACUGCAGUUACUGUUCCUCAUAUAAACAGAAACUGGGAUAUUUUAUACAAAAUUAUUAAAAGUCGAAGGGAUAAAGAUACAGUUAUGGACACCAUAAAAAGAUCAUCACUCGUAUCAAUUUUCAACUCCCCAAGUAAUAAAUUCAGUUAUUUAAAAUAUUUUGAUAGAUAA